AUGCGACUUUCGCCACUUUCUGUGGCUCGUCGAGUAGCCCAUACCCUGUUUAUUAAAGAGGCGACGGGCUCUUCUGAGGAACUGGCCAGUCCAAGGCCUCAUGCUAAGCCCUACCAUGCCGUGCUGUACGCGUACGAUACCCACUACACUUCAUCCCCAAAGGACUGCCUGUACCGCGUGGCGCGCGAGCGGAUCAGGCCGCAUGCUGUACUGCCAUGUCUCAGCCCCCAUACAUGGCCCCAUGUAUACAUGCUUAAGCAGUGUGCCAUUCAGUCGCAGCUGCGACUGGUCUUGCUGGAUCGCGUGCUGGCGGAGGCCCCAAGCCACGCCUUUCUCCUCCCAAGCUGUUCCCCGUUGGUCAGCCUAGCGGCUGAAGCGGGCUCCGGAAGCCCCGCAAGCAGCACCUUUCCUUUGCUUAGGCUGGGGGAACAGUUGGCAUGA